GGAUGUUUACUGCAUGUGGUUGAGCCUGGCGGAUGCCAGAGAUGUCAUUCCUUUGGCUCUGCUCCCAGAUGCGUCUCCAGCCAUUCAUCGCUUGUGCGCAGGCAGUCACCGGCCGCAGAGUGACACUCGUGUACGGUGUUACCAGCAGUUUGCCAUGGAACGGGCCAUGCUCAACCACACCUUGCACAUCAAGAGCUAUGUGUACGACGCCCACGUGCGAUAUAUACACAACCACCUGUGUGAACAAGCCAUGCGUCAAGAGGAGAAGGCCGCAUACACAGGGAAACGCGCACGGACCGGUGGCCGGGAGAAGCACGCGGACAAGGCGAAGAGCUCAGCCACCCACAGCCAAUUCAGCGAUGACACGGUUGAGCAUGUGGCCCAACUCAUAGCCAUAUCUCCGGCGCCCCCGACUUUUGCGCGCAACCGAAUGUUUGUUGGAAACGUCAAUAUCGAGAUGGUAUGUA